AAUCUAUUAUCAUAUAAUUAUAUUACCUGGAUAUUGAUUCUAUUUUUUUUUGUAACUUUAGAUCUAGAUUCUCUAAUCUGGGCUUUAGUCUAGAAUCUAGAUCUACUAUCUUUUUUUGUUUUGAGCCUUUCUUUGCUUGGAAUCUUUGUGAGUUUGAGUAACUCAGUUAAACUCAUUAAUUUAAUUUAAAAUUAAGUGGGACUGGGUGACUGGGUUUUGAACACACAACUUUAUUAACAAUAACCAACAUAGUAAGAUAUUUAUAAACCUGAAGUGGAAUAUGAAUUCACCAUGUUUAAAUCACUUCCUAAAAAGCCUUCGUCUCGAAUGCAAGAAAGUUAAUUGGAAAUUACUUCUCUAUGAGUCAAACAGCUGUGUUCUACUAAAAAGAACUCAAUCAACAGCACUCAUCUCUACUCUGUGUCGAAAUAAGUCGACACUUGCAAGGCCCAAGUUUCCUGCUUUAACUAUGAGCAACAUUAAAGAAGAGGAGUUAAUGAAACCUGAGAACGUUUGCUUGGAUCAGAAGCCUACAAAAAUUAUUGAAGCCGAGGGCUGGAUAACAAUAGGACAGUACAGUGUAUUUGCAUGGAGUGUUUCAGGCUUAGAGAGUUGCAUUGUUAUCAAAUCUGAUGAUGUUGUCCUCACUUUUGAUAUGGGAAUAGCUCUCCCAGAGAGCCUGAAGGCUUCCUCUGUGUUUAUUACCCAUGGACAUGUUGAUCAUAUUGGGGCUGUCGCAAGUCAUGUCUCCAAGAGGGGUCUAGGAGGCUUGAAGCCUGCCAGAUACUUUGUGCCCCCUCAUCUGGUGGAACCCUUGAAGUCAUCUCUGCAAGCUCAUUACUUGAUGGCUGAGACAGUGGAGGCAUUGAAAGAUGUCAAUGUGUUACCUUUUGUUGAAAGUGAUGUUGUCAGGUUAAACAGUUCCUAUUUUGUGAAAGCCUUCCCUACCAUUCACCGCAUACCUAGUCAAGGCUACAUCUUGUAUAAAGAAACUAAAAAACUGAAGCCUGAACUUAGGGGCUUGCAAGGUUUUGAGAUUGCUGCCAUGCACAGGGCAGGCCAGGAAAUACACGAGAUAGUCACCACUCCCGAACUGGCUUACUGUGGUGAUACUGUAUUUGAUGUAUUUUUGAACCCACCUAACCCAGAUUUGCUGAAAGUAAAAUUGUUGAUAACAGAGGCCACUUUCCUGGAUGAAGAAAUAGGUAAAAAUAUGAUCCAGAAAGCUAAAGAACGAGGUCACACCCAUCUGUCUGAGAUCAUUCAGCAUGCAGAGCUCUUCAGUGAAGUGGGACACAUUGUCCUGGUGCACUUCUCAAACAAGUAUUCCUCCAAGUAUAUUAAGGACUGUUUUUUUCACCGCCUACCUCAACAGCUGCGGGGCAAAGUGACCCCUGCAACUGUCGCCAAGUCCACUUUUGCUUCAACAUGACCAAAACUUGAGCUUAGUCAAUGAUCUGUAAUAGUUUUAAUUUACAUUUUUAUGUACAAUAAUGAAAUUUUUGCUGUAGGAAAUGUUAGCAUUUCCUAUCCUUGAUACCAUUCAUAUAGAAAUGAAAGAUUGUUUCUGGAGAGGGAGUUUGUUUAAUAGUUUAAUUCUGAUGGCUUCUGACCAAGAGGAAUAGAAAAAAACAACAGCCUUGGUUGCAUACUUUGAAAGAAUACCCUCACAGUGCUAGUCAAGGUUGAUGAUGAUGGUGUUGGUUAUAAAAAAGUUUUCAUAUAAAGGAUUAAAAGUUUAUUUUUUUACUUGGCUAGUAUAGAUAACUAACAUUUUAUUCAAUUUUUCUGACUUGAAUCUCACUGUUCGUAUACUGAUGACAUAUCGAGGCUUAUAAUCUUAUACUGUAGACAGUUAUAAGUGCAUAAAAUAUCUCCUGCAAAAUUUAAGUUGACAUGAAAGAUGAUCCCAAAUUUGGGUUACAUUACAAUGACACAAACCUAUUUUAAAAAUUUACAAAACAAAAUAAACAUACAGAAGUUAUAUGUGUCUCAUGCUACCGGUACUGUCAACAACACUUUUAUUUGAUGAAUGCAGCAGCCAAAGUCAUUUUCUUGACAUUUCUUUCUGUUGGUGUGUUGUAGAGUACCAGCAACUUGUCCCUUUUGAGCUGGUACUUCUGUGCCCAGGUGUGACAUCCAUAUGUCACGUACGUACACAGGUUACAGAUACAGCCAUUAGAUACUGGUAGUUGACAGGGUACUAUUAUUAGUUAUAUUUGUGGUAAUUACUUGGACCAGCUUUAGGUGGUGUACUAUGAUUGGCAGAAAAUAAUAAUAACUUUUCUUUUAGAAGUUAAAACCAAGGUAAUGUUCUAGGGGCUUGUCAGCUAGUCUUUACACUAAAAAUAAAAAUUAUAUGAAAAUAUCAGGUACUUUUAUUAUUGUAUAAACAUUUCUGAAAAUUAUAUAAAUGGAAAUAUUUACACAUUAGCAACUAAAAUUGUUUUUUAAAAGUACAAGUUUCUCUGCCAAAUAAUUUAUACAGAGAUAAACAAAAGUAGCCUCUGCUAGUCAAAUUAGAAAAUGAACUUUCUGCCUGUUAUUUGCGAGCCUUUGCUAUACAUGUGUAACCUUAGAAUGUUGUACAGAAUGUUUAUUGUACCUUUUUCUUCAAUAGAAAUUGUUUUGGGAAUCAUUGGAAGAGAAUUUUUAUUGAUUUUCCAAUGUGACACUGUUUAAUGGUACAGCACUUUCAAACCAAUUGUUAUCAUAUGUUCACAUUUUAAUUUUUUUCAGAUUGACAAAUUCAAGGUUUGGGCAACUGUUAUUUUGAUCAUUUAAAGCAAAUGACUAAUGUUAGACUGUGGCUUAGCUACUGCAACUUAAAUGUUUACAUUUUGUUGUUUUUCUUACCUCUGAAUGUACAGAUAGUUUUAUAUUAUUUGAUCCAAGGCCUUGAUUCACAUAUUACAAUAUUACAUUCAAGCUUUUGAAUGUAUAUUUUGGUUUUUAAUAAAGAUUAAUAUUGCAUCAAAUUCUGUAAAAGUCUUCUAAAUUUUCAAAGGUUUAAAACUGUAUUUUCUAUAAACCUUUUUUUUGUUUUUGUUUUCUUUGGUUAAAUGAAUCAAACUAAAUUAGUUAAACAAGGUUUAGUCUUCCAAUAGCAAGUUUCAAUUGUUUAUCUUAAUAUUUUAUGUUAUUGAAAUUUUUGUUUGGUCUGAAAUUAAUUUCAUUGCACAUGUCAUGAUCAUAUAGCAUAGCUGUAUUAAUAUAAUAAUGAUUAGAUCUCUAGAAUAAUCCUGUUUUUUUUAUUUUCAUAAUAACUUGUCUACCUCUUUCACUUGUCUAAAUUGACCACUAUUACUUUCUUAAGUUUUUUUUUUUUAGUUAUGAAUAUUUAUGUUUUCAAAAUAAUUGCUUUCAUAAUUAUUGAUUUUGAAAUAUACCGGUACUCUGCGCUGCAUCUACGUACAAAGACUAGGGUUUGCCAGUUAUGAAGUAGCUAUUCAUCUAUGAUUAGUCCACAUUGGAAAAAAGAACAACAAAAUAAAAUAGUAAUCCUUGUUUGUAACACAAGUUGUACAAAUAGUCAUUGUGUAUACACAGCCUUAACCUGCCCAUGAGAUGCCUUGCUAAUUUGUUUCAUAAAGCAUUCAAUUGAUAUAACAUUUGAAAAGGAACAAGAAAAUAAAAUUGGGUGUCUUGUUUGUAACAAAAGUUGUACAAAUAGUCUUUCAUCUUAGACAAAAAUCGUGUUGACGGCAAGGGCUAGGAAUGUAUAACAAUAUGUAGAGAUGGUGUGUUGGCAUGAGCUGCUGAUGCGAGAUAGUAAGUCCUAAAGAAAUAGUUUACACUAUUUUACUAAAAAAAAGUUGAAAUGAAAUGUUUUUUAUUUAAACAAUAACAUUGUGUAUACAAUGUUUCUUCAUUUUCUCAUAUAUGAAUAAAAACACACUAACAUC